AUGGGGGUGUCAGGUAGACAGGGCAGCUCCACACUCUCCACUGCUUCCUGUCUGGAGGCCCACUUUGGGGUCCUACUUAUCCAAGGCUGGUCUUCCUGGCUCUAUUCACAAUGCUGGCUGGGGCCUGGGAACCCAUGGGGAGCCACAGGUGGAAAGGGAGGAGACUCUAUUAACCCAGCCCUCCCUGUUCUUCUGUGCCUCAGGAUCCUCCCCAAACCCAGCCUCUGGGCUGAGCCAGGCUCUGUGAUCAGCUGGGGGAGCUCCGUGACCCUCUGGUGCCAGGGGACCCUGGAUACCCAGGGUUACCAUCUCACCAAGGAAGGAAGCCCCAUGACCUGGCACCAACAGAGCCCACCAGAGCCCAGGAACAAGACCAACUUCUUCAUCCCAUCCAUGACAGAGCACUAUGCAGGGACAUACUGCUGUCACUAUCUCAGCUCUGCAGGCUGGUCAGAGCUCAGUGACCCGCUGGAACUGGUGGUGACAGGAGCCUACAGGAAACCCACCCUCUCAGCCCUGCCGAGCCCUGUGGCGACCUCAGGAGAGAACGUGACCAUCCAGUGUAGCUCAAGGCUGGGAUUUCAGAGGUUCGUCUUGAUUGAGGAAGGAGAAAACAAGCUCUCCUGGAUGCUGGACUCACAGGAACUCUCCAACGGGCUGUUCCUGGCCCUGUUCCCUGUGGGCCCCAGUCACCGGUGGAUGUUCAGAUGCCAUGGAUAUUACAGGAACAUCACCCGGGUGUGGUCGGAACCCAGUGAUACCAUGGAAAUCCUGGUCUCAGGCGUGUCUAGGAAGCCCUCCCUCCUGACCCUGCAGGGCCCUGUCGUGGCCCCUGGAGAGACCCUGACCCUGCAGUGUGGCUCUGAUGUCAGCUACGACAGAUUCGCUCUGUACAAGGAGCAGGGACGUGACCUCCUCCAGGGCUCUGGCCAGCAGCACCAGGCUGGGCUCUCCCAGGCCAGCUUCACCCUGGGCCCUGUGAAGGUGUCCCACGGGGGCCAGUACAGAUGCUACGGUGCACACAACCUCUCCUCCGAGUGGUCGGCCCCCAGUGACCCCCUGGACAUCCUGAUCGCAGGACAGAUCCCUGACAGACCCUUCCUCUCAGUGCAGCCGGGCCCCACGGUGGUUUCAGGAGAGAACGUGACCCUGCUGUGUCAGUCACGGAGCCCGAUGGACACUUUCCUUCUGACCAAGGAGGAAGCAGCCCAUCACCUGCUGCGUCUGAGAUCAGAGCACCGAGCUCACCAGCACCAGGCUGAAUUCCCCAUGGGUCCUGUGACCUCAGCCCAUGCGGGGACCUACAGGUGCUACGGCUCACACAGAUUCUUCCCCUACCUGCUGUCUCACCCCAGUGACCCCCUGGAGCUCGUGGUCUCAGCCUCACACCCCCAGGAUUACACCGUGGAGAAUCUCAUCCGCAUGGCCGUGGCUGGCUUGGUCCUGGUGGUCCUCGGGAUUCUGCUGUUUUAG